AUGGCAAACUACGGAUAUCAAGGAGCAUACUCCACGACGACUUAUGGCAACCAGAACGCCGCUGCCGAGGGAGGGGGGUUUAUGAAUGGCUCUCAAUCAGGCAGUCAAGAUAGUCCUGGUGGCACGAAGAUCACUUUCGUCGGCCAAAUCAACAGCGUCUCCUCGCAAGCCACCAACACAACCUACAAACUCGACGACGGCACCGGCCUAAUUGAAGUUAAGCAAUGGAUUGACGCCGAUGCCAUAGCGGAUAGCACGAAUCAGCUCCCAAAAGAAGGCGAGUACCUCCGUGUCUGGGGCCGUAUCAAGGCUUUCAACAACAAGCGCCACAUCGCAGUGCACGUCCUGCGGCCCAUCACCAACUUCAACGAAAUCAGCUGCCACCUGCUCGAAGCGACCGCUGUGCAUCUAUACUUUACACGAGGCCCGCCAACAGGUGCUGAAGUCAAGGCAGAGGGAGGUGGCGACGGUGGGAUGUUCGUGGACAGCAAUGGUGGUGCGGCGGGUGGAAGCUCGAAUGCAAGUAAGGUGACAAGAAUGUCGCCUAUUGCGAGGAAGGUGUAUGAGUUGCUGAAGUCGUCGACGCAGAGUAAUGAAGGGCUGCACGUGAAUGUUAUAGCGCAGCAGUUACAUGUUCCCGCGAAUGAUGUGUACAAGGCUGGGGAUGAGUUGUUGGGAGAAGGGGUUAUCUUUACGACCGUUGAUGAUGAGACAUGGGCUGUGCUGGAGUACUAG